AUGACAGGUGAGUCACAAGGAGUACAGGCUAAUCCCCACCGGCUUCCAGUGCUUGAUUCCCCUGGUGCCUUAACCAAUCCUUCUGGUUCUGUUCCAAGAGUGGAAGUUACUGCUUUGCCCCCAACACCCACAAGUGGAUCUCAGCACUGGGGAAAUGCUUCUUCUCUGCCAGCCCAACCUCCUGCUUAUGGUCACUGGGUCAAUGCUUCCUCGUCUAGUCAGAAUUCUGCUUCAACCUUUAGCACAGUAAAUCCUGCUGUGGUCUUCCCUUCUCAGAGCCAACCGGGGUUUCCACCAUCUGAUUCUUGGAGGCUUCCAGUUCCAAGUCAAUCAACUGUUCAGGCUCCUGUACCACUGCCAAACUUACCUUGGGGUGUAGGUAUUACAGACAACCAAAGUAAUGUACCAAGGCAAGGACCAGAGAACCAAAAUAGUGGUUGGGGGCCAAUGCCUGGAAAUCCAAACAUUAGCUGGGGACCAAUACCAACGAAUACAAACAUGAAUUGGGGACCUUCUGGUCCAGGGCCAUCACAAGGAAACCCGAAUUCUGGAUGGGUUGCACCUAUCCAAGGGCAAGCACAUGGAAAUGCAAAUCCAGGUUGGGCGGUGCCAGGCCAAGGGCAAAACUCUGGAAAUGCAAUUGCUGGCUGGAUGCCACCAGGUCAAGGCCCAGCUCAUAUUAAUGGCAAUCCGGGUUGGGUUGGCCCUGGUCAAGGGGCAACUCCUGGGAAUGCAAAUCCUGGUUGGGCUCCACAAUCAGGGAAUCAGGGUUUGAGGGGAAAUGAACAGAAUCAAAAUGGAGACAGGCUCUCGAAUCAAAGAGAUAGGGGAUCCCAGGCUGGUGAUUCCAGUCAUGAUGGAGGUAAACCUUGGAAUAGACAGUCUUCGUUUGGAAGCGGAGGUGGAGGUGGUGGUGGCAGCGGAGGUUCUUCUAGGCCUCCUUUCAAAGGACAUAGAGUGUGCAAGUACUACCAGGGAGACAGGGCAUUGCAAGAAAGGAGCAUCAUGCGACUUUCCCCACACUUAAAGUUUUGCAAAUCUCAUAGCAACACAGG